UGGCCUUCUGAUUCCAUCCACAAGUGUUCAACUAGAAUUCCCCAAAAGGUCUUAAUAAAUGCCCUCUGACGAAGGGAUUGUUUCUUGGUGAUUCCAUGAGGAAGAGGGUAGUUGAGAGGAAAAGGUUGGUCAAUAGGAAUCUUUUUUAGUGAAAUCUACUGGAGCCGGGCAAGUGGCGUCCCAAAGAAAUCCCCCAUAGUUUGCUCUCCUCUCCUCUCUUCCAACAGGCCUGCACUUCCAAGAAAAAACAAGAGCCUAGAUCAUGCACGCAGAGACAGAUUGUGACAGAGAGGAAGGAGGGAGAAAACAAUAGAUACAGAUCAAGUCUGAAGUAGAUGCAGAUCUUUCUGCCAUCCCUUGGUUUUCUUGCUUCCUUGAUCUUACGUAGUCUCUUUGCUUUGUGACCUCUGCAUUCAGAAAGUUGUAGAGGAGCAAUGGGGAAGACUGGCAAAUGGCUUCGAAGCUUCUUAUUUGGCAAGAAGGAGAAGGACAAGAAGGACAAGGAGAAGAUCAGCAGAUCAGUGCCGGCCGCUAACGAGAAAAGGAGAUGGAGCUUCCGCAGAUCAGCAGUCAUGGGGAAGGACUUCAAUUCUCAAGACAUGCUUGCGCCUGCAUCAAGCCCUGGGUUCUUGGACUCGGACAUCGACCGGAAUAGGCAUGCCAUGGCCGUGGCAGCGGCGGCCGCUGAUGCUGCAGUAGCAGCAGCACGGGCUGCAGCGGCUGUCAUCCGUCUGACCACCGCAGCCCCCACAAGAAGCAGUUCCGGCGAGGAGGAGGCCGCUGCCAUUAGGAUUCAAGCGGCCUUCCGAUCUUACUUGGCUAGGAAAGCUUUAUGCGCUCUCAAGAGUCUAGUGAAAUUGCAAGCCAUGGUGAGAGGACACCUGGUGAGGAAGCGAGCCGCCAAUACUCUCCGGCGUAUGCAGGCUUUGCUGACAGCACAAGCCAGAGCUCGUGCCCAGCGGAUUCGAAUGCUUGAGAAAGCACAUAGCAGCUCGCACGGGCAAUCCAAUUCCAGAAGAUCACCCCGAAACCGGCAAUCGCAUGAGGUGGAUAGGAAUGUGGAAGAGAACAUAAAAAUUGUGGAGAUGGAUCAUGGAGUGUCAUGGAGUAGUUCGAGGAGCAGAAACAGCUACACUGUUAAACAAACUGAGAGAACGGAAUCAGAAUAUGGCCAUAAGCGUCGACCUUCUAAGGUUGAUCCCCUCCAACAGGUGUCACCUUCGCCAUCAGCUUUAACUGAUAUGGGCCCAAGAGCUUACAGUGGGGACUUUGAAGACUUUUCCUUCCCCACAGCACAGAGCAGCCCUCAAUACUUAUCAGCUUCUUUUACACCUUAUGAAACAACCUUCUAUCCUAAUUACAUGGCCUACACAGAAUCUUCAAGAGCUAAGGCUCGGUCGCAGAGCGCACCUAAGCAACGACCCAAUUCAUGCGAGAGGCAACCAAGCAGAAGGAGGACAUGGGUGGAAGGAAGGAAUACUCCGCAAAGUGUACGAGUGCAACGAUCAUCUUCGCAUGCUGGCUCAACAGCUUAUCAGUAUCCAUGGUCGAUCGAGCUCGAUAAGUCCAGCGUGCCUCUUAAGGACGGUAAACGUGGUUCAACAAGCACUGUGCUGAGUACCACCAACCACUUUAGAUCUCUAAUGGCAUAUGAGCUUAGUACAUAAUAAUCCAUGAGCAAUCCCUUACUUCUGUGGGGUGGCUGCAUUUUCAAGAGGGAUAUGGUUCACUAAAAUGUUAUGCUCUUGAUGGUUUCAGGUUCAUGAUAUUAAAUACUCUCUCUCCAUAUCCAUCUCUCCUAACUUCCAUUAACUGAAGUUUGUGUCACCCUGUCAACUUUUGGAAUCCGGAAUGUGCAAUGGCAACAAGUUGUAGGAAUUAUGUGAACUGUAAAAGUUUUCUUGGGCAAAGGAUUCCAGAAGAAAUGCAAGUGAAGAAA